AUGACUGAUGUAGAAUUGUCUUUUCAACACAACUGUUUAGAAGUAGAUGACGAAAUUGCCUUAUUGAGAAAACAUUCUCAGGUAUUACAGGGUCUCUUACGGACUCAGAUGAAUUUCAAGGAAAAGUAUCAAAAACUCGACAAAACCUUUAAUUCUGCUGAUACUGGUUCUUCCAAUACUUCUGACAGUGUAAAUGUAAAACGCAGCGUCAAUGAUAUAGCGCUAACAAUAAGUUCACUAUCAUUAACGUUAAAAGCGGCUUUGUGCUCACAACAACGAGAAAAUCAAGGAAUAUCUGAAGAUAUAUUUGAAAGAAAUGUAGAACAAGAUGUUAAAGAAGUAAUAUGGCCUCCAAAGUCCUGUGCGUGUAAGAGAGAACUGUGUAUUAAAUGCACCGACGCUUGCAAACGAAUAUGCUGGCACCAACAUAGUCUCUCUAGGUGGAAUUGUGAAUCAAUAAACGUUUCUGAUUCAGUCUCAUUAAAUGCCUUGUGUGAUGGUAAGAUAGAUUGUUUUGAUGAGAGUGAUGAAGCUGGCUGUGAUGUUGGUACCGGUUUUGGAAAAUUUGAAGCACACGAGAUAUAUGGCACCACAAUAAAAAUGUUGCAAUCAAAAGCUUCUAAAAAUAUUUCGCCAAUAAAAAUCAAAAUAAUGUCUCUUAUCGAUGUGAUAACAAAAUUACAGGAAAUUACAACAAAAUCUGGGAACGAUCUCUCUCUCAUAAAGAAACUCAGAAACAAAUGUUUUUCUCUACUAAGUUCGCUGUAUUUAGCUAUGGUUAAACAGUCACGUUUUGUCAAUGAAUCGGAGGAAGCUUACUUAUUUUUGAUGUCCAUUAAUAAAAAUCUGGUGGUUGCUUUGAAGCGAUCUGCUACUGGAAAUAUUAAAAUUAUAAACGAAAAAUGCUAUUGUCGUAACGGCUCUUGUGUUGUUUCCUUGUGUCCUAGGAGCUGCGUGAAGUCUUGUUCCGCUGAGUCCAAAAUAAUAAAUUUCAGAUGUGAAAUCGACAAUGUUUCUAUUCCACUUGAUAAUGUUUGCGAUGGAAGACCAAAUUGUCCCAAUGGAUACGAUGAAUUUGGAUGUCACAAAGGUAAUAUCAAUUAUAAAAGUAGCAGAAAAUUCUGGAAGACCGAAACCAAAGAUUAUAAGGAAAAUAGUGAAGGAGAUAUUAAAAGAUUUAGUUAUAACGUAUGGUUCAGUCGAAGAUUACAGAAGAAGCAACAUGGAUUAUGCGUUAGAAGAUUUUAUAAACAUCGCCCAGCAGAUAGAUAUCACGGUUGGGGGAUGCCGCCCCCUCAGGGCUACCCUCAGGGUCCGCCCGGAUCCGGGGCCAAUCCAAAUCCACCCCACAUGUAUCCAUACGGUCCCGGCGUUGUUUUUUACCCGGUCCAUCCCGCGUACUUUUACCCCCAAUAUCCCGCUCCCGCCCCCCCUCCCGACACAGUACACGUUGUCGACGACCCAGUGGAGGUGGUCCCAGAAAUGCCCGGUGAAACUGUCGAGUUACCCUGGAGUACAUACCGUUGGGUCCCGGCUUGCUUGAGCCAAAGAAGCAUUCCGAUGGGUGCUCUCAGAGUGGGCACAGAUGCUGAUGGUGAUGAAAUAUAUGCUGGAAGAGCAAAUCACGAAGGAGACCUAUUGCCAGCUAAAGUUAUACCCUCAAAGAAUACUUGCUACGUAUCUUACGGUGGCGAAGAAAUCCUAAAAGACCAAUUUGAGGUUCUGGUCCCUGCUAUGUUCUCGUGGCAGUUCUCCUCAGGAGGUAACGUUCCUCCUGGUGCCGUCGAGGCUGGCGUCACUGCUGAUGGAGAGAAGCUGUACUUCGGAAGAGUCACCCAAGAUGGCUGCACUACACCUGGAAAGAUCCAACAAUCCCACGGAGUCUGCUACUAUCCUUUCGACGGAGAAGAGAGGAAUUCAGCGGACUAUGAAGUUCUUGUUCUUUUCUAG